GCGAUGUCAGAACUCGAGAACAAACAUCACAUUUUCAAUGUCGGUCACUGAAACCACCAGCCAUGGACUGGCUAACCUCCUACCUGCCGGAGGAAGUGGGUUCCCACUUCCACUUCCUCAUACUAUCACUGUUGGUGCUAGGCGGCCUGUACCUCAACGACCUUUGGCACCAAGACUACGCCCCACGCUCAUCUCCCACUGACACGCUCAACCUCUACGGCUACAGCGAAUACGACGGUCCAGCGGUCUGGAGAAGGAAGUACCAACAAGCAGGAGGCAGCAGGCAAUCUCCCAUCAACAUCCAGGACGCCUGCGCAAUAGACAUGCCUUCGGGUAACUCGCCGCAGCUGGUGUUCACCGACAACUUCCACGCCGUACCGCAAGACAUGAAAUUGUACAACAACGGUCACAACGUCGUGGUUUACGCGACAUGGAUGGACAACAAAAGGCCAUCUUUGAUCGGCGGGCCUCUCACCGAGGACUACAACUUGUUGAACUUGCGCUUCAGGUGGGGGCCGAACGAUUACGAAGGAUCAGAGCACAUGAUCAACUCAUCGAGGUUCGCCAUGGAGCUGCAGGCGGCUUUCGUCAAAGGCACCGCUGCGAGUGACGAUAUCCUGGAUGCCGCCAAGAAGGGAUCGCUGCUGAUGGUCAGCUACCUUUUUCUGGUCACGCCGGUGGCGAAUCCUUACUUGGAGCCAGUCAUCGAUGCCCUCAAGUAUCUCAGGUGCCCGAUGAGCUGCAUCAACAUCGAACCCGUCAUCCUAUCCCUUCUGAUGCCCGCUUUUUCGCGGGACUACUACACGUACACGGGCUCUCUCACGUUUCCCCCCUGCACAGAGGGCGUCAAGUGGAUCGUCAAGCCUGAGCCGCUGAUGAUCUCCUCCGAGCAGCUGAAGAAAUUCAGGAAAUUGUACGGAGCCAACGGUAGGAUAACGAACAACACGAGGCCCGUCCAGAAAGUCAACAACAGAGACGUUUUCUAUUACGGCUGAGAGCAGGCAGCGUUGGAUAUUGUAUUUUUAUCAAAUAUUUUCAUUUAUUUCUUGUACCUAAUAUACAGAUAUUCUUCUAUCUUCUGAAUUAC